AAAUAUAAAGAAGUAUAAUUGCUUUGCAGUUGGGAAAUUCGAUUUUCGAAGUCAAUUUGUGUAAAGAUUUGGUUUCAAUAAUAUUAUUCUGCACCUUAGUUUAAGCUUAUUCCACUUACAUAACCCAAAAGGUUAAAUCAACUUCCUGCAGUGACGUCAUCUAUUGAUGAAUUCUGUGCCAUGUUGUUGUGAGUCUCAAACGGGUAGAGAAUUUUGGAUGGUCACUUUCCGGCGUAAUAUUUGUCGGCAUGGACAACUUAAGAGAGCAAGUAAUGGUAAAUCAGUUUGUUGCAGCUGCAGGGUGUAAUAGGGACCAAGCAAGACAAUUAUUACAAAGAGCUCAUUGGCAGUUUGAGAUGGCAUUAAGUUUAUUUUUCCAAGAAUCACCGAUUCAAAAUCACCACAACAUGAGGCAAGGUAGCCACGCAGCGAUGUGUGCACCUGCUAACACACCAGCGACUCCGCCCAACUUUCCCGAUGCUUUGGCAGCGUUCUCAAAGAUGUCUACCUCAGAUGCGUGCAAAAUGUUUGGAUCCUCGCCUAUCCAUGUAACAUCAACAACGCAACCGCAAUUUGCACAGAGCAAUUCCAACAACAACCAAAUGGAGGUCGAGCCGCAACGAUGAGUCGGGUUGACAUGGGGGAGUGAUAGCAGAGAAAAGAACAGCAUUCAUCUUUGCCUAAAAUAGAAGACUUGGUAGAAAUUAUGGAUUUCACAAAGAAAAAAACAACCACGGAGGACAAGAACAAAACAAUUUUCCUAGAUGGUGUUAAUUUUUUCGCUCUAAUUUUACAUGCAAAUUAGAGACUGCACCACAGAUUGUUAUUCGGGAAUUGGUUUCAGCUUAAUUUAUGUUGUGAUCUUAAUAUGCAAUAGUAAAUGAUAGUGAAGCUGCUCCCGAUUUGAGAAAAGUACUCUAAUGAAGGGAGUGUGCUUGCUAAGCACCUCCCCCCCUCUGAUGGGCAAGUCAGGUAAUGAUUUUCUCUUCACAUGGACCAUCAACAAUGCAGGUUAAUUUGAAAAUCCUUAAUUUAAAUCAAAUCUUGUUCUUCGGUAUGUUAUUUUAUUACCGACAAUUUGCUUUCUCUAAAACCUUCAAACCUGAUUUUAUAUAUGUAUGUAGUCAAUAUGAUUUUGUACAGUAGUUUGUGAUAUCAAAAUGUAAAAAGAUAAAUGUAUAGGACUGACACGAUGCAAGGGUAGUUAGGAUGAGGAAGACACUUUUAAAAAUUUAAAUUAAUAGAAAUUUAAAAAACUAAAAACUAUCAUAAACCAUCAUCAUCAAUUUAAGGAUAAACUGAUAUGACAAUUUUUUUUUUCUGGUACUUUUUGUCAUAAUUAUUAUUAAUACCAAUAUUGCACAUGGUAAUUUAAAGAUGUCACGUAAGUUUUACCGUGUGUGAAAAAUAUAUGUGAUUUGCCCAUAUUAUGAGUAUGAUAAUGUCAUAUCGUAUCCAAAUAUGGAUGGAUAACAUGUAACUGUACUGUCAAAUCCUUAUAAUGAAGGCAGUGCUUAAAAUUUGCUAUUUUAAUUGGCAGUUUGUUUACACCUGCUAUGGAGAGAUACAUCCCGUGGUAUUGUUUGUGAGAAACUUAAAUACCUUCAUUAAUAUUAUGGAAACAUUAAAAAAAAAAACUAUAAUGUAAUUAUGGUUAUUCUUAAUGAUUAUUUCUGCUUCUCUUGCUCAAUUCCUCAAAAAUUUACAAUGUAAUUCAAAUUUUAUUCUGUGUUUACUUGUUGAAUGCUUGCUCAUCCGUCACAAAAAAAACAAAUGAUUUGGUGUGUUGCCAAGGGUUGGCACAAUGCCAAACAAUACAUCUUUGAAUUUUAACUAAACACAGUGUAUGGCAUGUUCUAUAGGUCUUUAUCAUCUCAUAUGGUGAUUUCCCAUAAUGCAAGUAUUUAACACUUGCGCUGGCUGCGGGAAUGAGUCUGCUUAAUUGUGUUUCAGCUGACCCCUGAAUUCGUAAAGGGUCAUAGAUAGGUCACUGACACAAAAUGUCAUGUGGAUUUAACCUUGAGUUUAACCUCAACCACAUUGUAGGAAAGCAUCAGAAUAAUGCUGUAGCACGUACUGCUCUAAUCUCAAUCUUUGAAACUUGUCACAAAUUUCUAAUAUUUCAUCAUCUUUUAAACUAUAAUAAACCACAACUAUUUAUCCAUCGGAUCUUUUAAGUACAUGACAAGGAUUCCAUUUUAGAUCAAGAAAAAUAUAAAACCAUUUUCAUAACCUGUCGUUAAUACCUUUUCAUUUUGGAUGAUUUUUUCCAUUCAUAAGCCAAACAAUCAAUUUUAAUAUAGACUAUUGAAUAUGGCAAAUCAGUUUGUUGGAUGGCAUUGCAGUUUAAUUGUAUAAAAACAUAUUUUUUUCAAGUUUCAGCAACAAAUAACACAUCUUUAUAGUGAAACAGUACAUUUCAUCAUUUCAGUUACUUUAAUGUUUAUGGUGAUGAUGGUUUUAGUAUGUUUUUGAAUUUCUGCAGUUUAAAUUGAAAGAUUCCCAAUGUACCCUAUGGUGACAAAAAUUGAAGCAAUGCUUUGUAAAUAUGAAAUUAGAACAGUUUACUAAUAUUAAAAAUUUAAUUUGAAUGUAAUUUUUUUAUGUCUAGAUUUUUAAGUAGUGGUUUGUCAGUAUUCAAAGUUUUAUUACCACAAUGUUUGGUUUAAUUAGUUUUCUAGGUAACUAAUUAAGAUAUAGUGCUGAUUAUGAAAAAAAAAUUAUUAUAUUAAUUUUUCUUAGGAAAUAUAACAAAUUAUGUUUAUUAGUAUGAUUGGUUGACUGGAAAGUUGUGCAUUUAUAAAUUAAUUCAGUUUUUUUCAAAAACAUUUUGAAAAUAUUGGAGAUGAGAUUGUAUUGCCGGUAGCUUGUUUACAGUUUUAUAUGAAUUUGGUAUCUGCGUAUAUGUUAAUCACGAUUGACAUUAUUCAAACACAGCACUGUAUGGAAACUCAGAAAACACUUUCAAAACGAUUCCUUUGGUGUCUUUUUUUAAAGCUUUUCACUCUUUAUUGACAAGAAACAACACAGAAAGAUGUUAAUAUAUAGAAAUCUGUUGUAAUUUAUUAAAAUGAUUUAAGAGAGGAAAAGUUUGCAUGAAACUAUCAAAUAUAGAGAUUAGUUUCGUGUGAUGUAUUGGUAUGUUUUUAUCGAUGUUAAAUGUGUAACUGUCCCUUCUGAGUUUCCAUACAUUGCAAAUUGUGCGUACUUAAGGUGUAGAUACAUUGUAAGACUUGUACUUGAGCAGUCGAAGAAAGCAUGCACUUGAUGAAUAAUAAAACAUUAAGACAUGAGUUGCAGGUCAUAAUUAAUUCAAGCAUCCUGAUUGGCCAGAAUAUAUAGCUUCUUUUAAUUGGUAACCACAGUCAGUUAUGUGACGGAAAUCUUAAAAAUCUGUUCUUAUUAAAAAUUGUCAGGGAUUUCCCCAAACAGUGUAAUAUGGGUGUGUUAUGACAUCAUCAUACCCAUAUAUGGACAGAAUAAUGUCACAUUUUACCUAUGUGUGGGCAAAGUACAAAUAAUUAUUCAGAACAAAUGUGAACAGAGCUUAAAGCCUUGUUCAGACUAUCAAACUUUAUUUGACAAAAACAUGUGACAUGCCUAAAUAUGGUCAUGAUGACAUCACAUCAGGACCAUAUAUAGGCACAUCAUGACCAUAUAUAGGCACAUCAUGGCCAUAUAUGGG